UAUCUCUUAUUUAUUUAUUUUUAUUUUUAGAGAGUGGGGGAGGGGGAGAGAGAAGCAGACUCCCGCUGAGCAGGGGCUCUAACAUGGGGCUGGAUCCCAUGAACCUGAGAUCACAACCUGAGCUGAAACCAAGUGUAGGCUGCUCAACUGACUGAGCCACCUCAGUGCCCCCAUGGUAAAAUGUGGGCACUUCAUCAUCUCACAUCAUAAGAAGGGUGAGGGCAAGACAUUUUGAGAGAGAGACCACAUUCACUUUUAUCACAGUAUCCUGUUACACUCGUUCUAGCUUAUUGUUAUUCUUAUUAAUCUCUUGCUGUGCCUCACUUGCAAAUUAAACUUUAUCACAUGUUUGUAUGCAUGAGAGAAAGCAUAGUACAGUUGGUCCCUGAACAGCUAGGGGUCAUGGGUGCUGGCCCUACCAGAGUAAAAAAAAUCCAUGUGGAACUUAGGAUUCCCCAGAACUUACCUGCUAAUGGCCUCCUGUUGGCCAGAAGCCUUACUGAUGUCCUAAACAGUUCAUUAAUAGCCGUUUUGUGUGCUGUAUGUAUUAUUUGCUGUUUUCUUAUGAUCAAAGAAGGGAGGGAAAAGAAAAUGUAUUAUUCAUAUCAUAAGGAAGAGAAAAGACAUUUCUGGUGCUGUCCUGUACUUAUGGAAAGAGAGCCCCAUGUGAGUGGGCUUGCGUAGUUCAAACAAUGUUGUGCAGGGGUUGAUAGCAUAUUUAGGGUUCAGCACUGUCUGUGAUUUCAGGUGUUUUGGGGGCUUGGUGUCCCUGCAGUGUGGGGCACUGCUGCAUUAACACCUGAUGACAUGCGUAUCUCCUUGAAGGAGAUAAAAUUGUUGCAUGGCUGGGUCUGGGUUCUCUCCUGCCAGGCACUUCUUACCCACCUCGGCUUCUGAAGGGGCUGCACUAGCCGCCCUGUGCAGUCCUUCCACACACUGGUUUUUCUGCUGCUUUUGUGCAGCAGGUGCACACUGCACCGUGCCAUGGCCCUCCAUUCACCGGGGUCAUGCUGGCCAGCCCUCAAAGACAUAGCAUGCCAUGUUUUCUUUGUUCUUCUGACCUUCUAUGAGUUGUGAUGGAGUGAGUAUGCCAUGUUUGAUGUAGCUGUGCCUGAGUAGGCUGCGGCCCAUGCUCCUGCCUGACAGAAGCAUGGCCCAAGCAGGAAAGUCUGGGGAUCUUGUGCUGUGUGGCAUUGCUGUCUGGCCCUUGGGGCUGCUGUCAGCUCUUGGGGCUGCUUUCAGGCCCACAGGGCUGCUAUCUGGCCCAUGGGGCUGCUGUCCGGCCCUUGGGGGUGCUGUCCUGCCCUUGGGGGUGUUGUCCGGCCCAUGGGGCUACUGUCUGGCCCACAGGGCUGCUGUCCGGCCCUCGGAGGUGCUGUCUGGCCUGCGGGGCUGCUCUUUGUCCCUCAAGGCCGCUGUCCGGCCCUUGGGAGUGCUGUCCUGCCCGCGGGGCUGCUGUCCUGCCCUCAGGGGUACUGUACUGGUAGGGCUGCUGUCCAGCCCAUGGUGGGGCUGCGCAGCCCUCAGGACUGCUAUCUGGCCCUAGGGGCUGCUGUGUGGCCUGUGGGGCUUCUGUCUGCUGUCUAGCCUAUGGCGCUUCUUUGGAUCACGGUAUGCGUGCUCUGGAGCCUGUUCUCUGACCAGCUCAGCAGUUGGGUGAAGUUGUCCCAUCUCCUCUGUCCCCUCCCGGCUGGUGCACACCCAAUCUCAGGUGGCGUCAGGGAGGACACUUGCCUGAAACCUCACAGGGUGUUUGUCACAUGCUGACUUAAGGAAGGAAUCUUGUCAUUCGUCAGCACUCCUUGGUCUGCACUCUGCCGGGGAGGAGGAACUUCCCCUCCUACUUACCGAUCUUUUACAGCUGUUUCCAUCAAUACAGACUCACGGGUUUGUAUUUUAUUCUGUGAAGUGGAACAUAUGCCUCUUGGGAGCUUGGCCCCAUUCUCUGCACACGUCCUGGCCUUCUGGUGCCUUUGAGACACUCCCACUGCAUCUCGCCCGAGCCCUGGUCCUGGAAAUCAACGAUGUCCCCAGGGAAUGUGUGGCCUGUUUCUCAAGCGAAAUGCUAGUCAUAGCGUAGGUUGUUCAGGUUUUGUUGUGGCUGCUGUAAUCUUUCUAGUGUGGUGCGUGCUAUGUGCCACUAGGAGGACUGACAGGGUGGUGGACACAGGAGGCCCAUGGCAGGGCCUUUGCAGUUGGGCAAAGGAGGGUGCAGUUGCGGCAAAAGUGGUCAGGUGGAGGGGUCCUUGUAAAGCCUCUGUACUUGGAGAAACGUUGUCAGUUGGGGCUUAGGGUGAAUUUAUGGGGAGAGGUAGUGAGAUCCCGGCCGGUUGCAGGUGGUAGGUCCUGCCUAGGUGACUGGGAGUGAGUGGUAUAGGCAUGGAGGUGUGGCUGGCUCUAUUUGGUUCCCUGGUUCUAUACACAUUUAUGUAGAGCCACUCCCAGGGCAGAGAGAUACUUCCCUGGAGAACUAACUGGCCCUGGCCUGGGCUUUGUGGUCCCUGGCUGUGCUGGAGCAGGUGGCUGUCCCUGCCUAGGAUGGUGGGAGCCCAGGAGAGUGUUGACAGUGAGUGCCUCGCCUGGCCUGGAGGAAGCCUGAGUGUGCAUGAUACCUUUGGUUGGGAUGAGCUCACGAAUUCCAGGGCCCUGGGUGAGCCCGUUGCAUGCUCUGCCAAAGGGAGAGCCCCAUGCCGUUUCUCGGCUGCCUCAACAUGUGCCCAGGUGCCCAAUGAUGGUGGGCUGUCCUCCCCAUGCUUGCUGGAUGCCUCUUUGGCCCCACUUUGUGAGGCUGGCUUUAGGUGUGGUGUCAAGGCAGUGUCUGUUAAUGCCUGUUGAGUGUGCGCAUGUUCAGGGGUGCCCACGGGUGUGAGUCUCUCUGGCCUCUGGCAGCAUCUGUGCAAAGGUCCCUUGGUUUUCUCCUUGGUCUGCGGGUGAGCUCUGCUGGCACUUUCCAUGAAACCGUGUGCUUCUUGUACUCCCUGCCAGGAUGGGUGCUUCUAAUAUUGUGUGUGUGCUGUUGCUUCCACACGCUGGGCUCUCGGGCAGAUGUCCUAAGUGACGCUUAGGACCCCCAGAGGGUCACCUAGUGGGUGUGACAUGGGGCCUGGUUGUCUACCCUGUGGCCCUCUGCCUUGUGCAUGGUCUGCUGGACCUGAGGAGGCCUCUGGGAAGGGGGGAGGGCUCAGGGUCUGGUGGUGGUUAGGACAUUCUGGAGGUUUUGUCGCUGCUCUCAUUUUUUAAUUUCUGAGAGCUCUUUUCUCUUUCUUUAAAUACUUCUUUUUAAGGGUAUUCUGAUCUUAUUUUGUGGGCUGGGCACCUUCUUCUGAGGGCAGGAUUGUUUCCUGUGGGUGGCUGAGGCCCUCCUGUCUGACUGGCACUGUCCAUGGCUUCCCAGGCAGGCGGCCUUGCUCCUGCUUAGCAGUGGGCCGCUAGGAAGAGUGGGAGCCGUGAAUGACGGGUGGGAGGCAGGCUGCACAGCGGCUCAGGGCCCUGUCCCUGCUGGUGUCUGUGGGCAACCAGGUCCUGGGUGCAGCCUGCAAUGUCCCCACUGGGCUUCCCCUGCCACCCCUGACCUGAGAGCCUGGGGCCAGGCUCUGGGCCUCCUGUACCCUCCCCUGGGGGCCAGCUGGCUGGACUGAGGUAGGGGUGUGUAGCUGCUGAGGGCAGGGGACAGUGGUGAGUGAGAGUCCAGUGAUUCACAGCCAGCUGUUUCUUGUAUGUAGAAUUUGGCUUCUUGUCGCUGUCUUCCAUCUGCUUUGCACUUCGAGGGGUGGGUGGUGAGGUGGCCUCACUGCUACUUUGGUUAGGGCUUCGGGACUACUAGAUCUCAGGUAGGCACUUAACCUGCCAUCCUUCAACCAGAAUGCCACUUUUAGUACCAUUUCCAGGAGAGAGCUCACACAGUGGUCUUUAAAGCAGGGAGGUUUUCAUCAGGCAGAGGUGACGGAAAUAUUCUGCACACAGUACUCAGCAUAUAACAGAUACCCGCCCAGUGGUUCUGCAUGUAGUCACUUCUUUCUCUUUACCAAAAACACAGACACAGAGUUCUGAAGAGUCCUUGGAAAUGGAUUGUUCACCUGUAAAGUGGAAAUCAACCUUGAGGGUCAGCUCUGACCCAGCAGUGGCCCAGGCCUUCUGAAGCCUGCUGUGCUGAACCCCACUGUCUAUUGGUACAGACGGAGGACACAGGGCCCUGACCAUGGUCACACUCAUCACUGAGAAGCUGCAGAACCAAAGCCUGGAUGACCUUGUCUGCAAGAGCUACGAUGCUGGCCAGCAUUCUGGCAGGACACUGAGCAGCAGUGGCCAUGUGUUCCCUUUUGAGAGCAAUGAAGACAGGUGCCCCUGGAAGGUCUUAAGUGGCGGAUGGCCCAUUGGAAAUCAGAUGGCCACAGGGAUGUGGGGCCCCAACACAGUCCUGGGUGCGGUGAGCACCAUAGACCUGAGGGAAAACUCAGGGCCCCCCUCGGCACCACCUACCAAGCGACACUGCCGCUCCCUGUCGGAGCUGGCGCACUGCCACUCCCUGUGGCGCCCCAGCUGCUCCAGGGUCUGGACACCGGUGUCCAAGAGGUGGUGCCACAGCGGUGGGCGUGCCACGCUGCAGGAAAGCCUGGGUGCCAGCCUGCCCAGGGGUGCUGCACCGCUCGACCACACCCUCCUGGUGGCUGGGCCCACCUCGUCCCCAGCACCCCAGCCACCUUCGGCCAGCGGCGGCUGCGUGGACAGCUGUGAGGGCAGCUCGAGCCUGCCUUGGCGACCCCGCGUCCCAUCCUGGAGGCACCGCCUGUCGCUGUCCCAGGAGCACCUGGCAGAAGUGGGAACGGCACUGCCCUCUACCAGCAGCAGCCCCUCGUCUACCCCCGAGCUGGGCCGGCGACUGGGCCUGCUCCGGUGCUGCUCACAGCCGUGCGUGCUCGUCGGGAGGAAGUGGCAACGCAAGCGCAGGCGUGAGGAGGGCACUCACUGGCCGCGCCCAUCCUUGGACUUUCUCAAAAUGACACGGACUUUAAAAAAUUCAAAAAGCCUUUGCUCCCUUGAUUAUGAAGAUGAAGAGGAGGAUGACGCCCAAGUGAAGCUGACCCCGUAUGACCCACACGGCCUCACGGGCAUUGUCACACCUGGCUCCAACCCACUGAGGGUGUCCCCCAGGCCCUGCUGCCCCAGCCCGUGGGCCUCUGGGGAGCCCAUGGCCGCUGAGGGGGAGGGUGGGAGUAGCGGAGACCCCAGUGACUGGGAUAGUGCUGGGGAGGAGGGCGUCUUCCCUCCCAGCCGGGGUGAGCUGGACCUGGGGCAGAUUGAGAACAAUUGACCCCAGGCAGGUGGGUUGGGUAUCCGGUCUCUUCCCAGCACAUGGACAGAAGCGGGGCUGUGCAUAACUUUAAACAUUAGGUCUCAUUUUGAUCUAGUCUUCCCUAAAGAUGUGUUUUGGAUUUUUAUGGCUUUUAUGCUUUUAGAGAGAGCUCCAUUUUGAAUGAAUUCUUAGAAGGGCAUUCUAUGAAAUGGAGGCCCAUGGGCUGAUCCCAAUGUGGGUUUGUGGGUUUGUGGUUGGGUUUGUGUUCCUUUUGUAAAAUGCCUGCCGGGCAGAGUCCAGGAGAUCUGGGUGGGAGGUCUGCGCGGGGGGGUCUGGACAGGGGAUUCAGGUGGGUGGUCUAGGAGGUCCAGGCAGAGGGUCCAGGCGAGGGGGUCCAGAUGGCAGUCUGGGUGAGGUGUCUGGCCCCUCCAGUAGUCUCUGUCCUCCAUGUGUGCCUGCCUCCUUCUGUCUGCCCUUUGGGGUGGUAGACACUGGUCUCUGCACCAGGAGCUGUGGGAUGGGCCUUGAGGAUGGUGGUCCUGGCAGCACCAGAUAUGACUUCAAUAAAAAAUGUUUACUUUGCUGUGUUGAUUCCUGGUGUAAAGCAGCUGGGCCUCAGGUGUGGGUGCAGCACAGGACAGAGUAUGUUGUCUCUGGUGUUUCACUCCUGAUUCUAAUGACAUGGGGAUUUCUACCAGAGACUCCAACCCCAGGAGCUUUGGGGUAAGAGGACGCAGGUUGUG